UUACUUCAUAAAACAGAGAGAGAGAGUCUUCAAAACUCUCUCAACUCUCUCAUCGGGGAAGAGAGAUGCCGUCGGCGGCGAAGGUGCUCACGGUGGCUGGAGAGAGACAACUACCCCCGAAAGACGCCUCUCCUCACCCUUAACCCGUAUCCUAACUCCCCGUAACACAAAACUCCUCUAAACCCCUAGAUCUAAGUUUUACCUUUCGAAAACGUAGAGAUCCGACGACCCUUGGACUUGCUUUGAACUGAGAAAUGGCGACGUCAGAGGCGAUUGGCGACAAUAGCAACAACAAUAGAUACCCUUGGGUGAUCUGGACCAUUGGAUGGGUCCAGAUCCAAUGGCUGAGAUCAAGGCGGCUGGAGCUGAUAGUGUUUUACUAGUUGCACAUCAUGCAGAUGACCAGGCUGAGUUAUUUAUUCUUAGAUCAUCUCGUGAUAGUGGGGUCCUUGGCCGGCAUGACAUUCACAUCCCAAUUGUUCUCAUCACAUACAAGUUUUUUUAAUAAAGAUUGGAUAAAUCACAGCAUCCUUCUAGUGCGACCUUUACUUGAAUUUUCAAAAGAAGACAUGUAUAAGAUAUGUCAAGGGAGUAACCGGGAUUGGGUUGAAGAUCCAACAAAUCGAAGUCCUUUAUUUGCUCGGAAUAGGAUUCAGAUGUCAUUAGAAAAUCUGUUAUCAGGUACCUAUAAGUCUGAACUACAAGCUGUUAUUUCUGCCUGUCGAAAAACACGCAUCUUUGUUGAUCAAAUCUGUAGCAAUUUAAUAAAGCAGACUGAUACUGUAAUGGAUCCAGGUACUGCUUUUGCAAUACAUCCGUACCAUCCCAUGCAAGCUGCUGGUUGCUACAUUGUCCGGCUCCUGGGUCUAACGGUGCCAAAGCUCUGGUCUGCUGCUCUGUCAAUUGUCCUCUUCCUUCAAAUGCUGAACUAUUUCACUCAUUUUCUGUUGAAGAAGAGAAGCAUUGUUUUUCAAACGAGUUGGAACAAGUUAUUGCAAAGGGAAAAUCAUAUUCUAAUAAGCUGGUCCCUGAUGCAUCACAAGCACAUUUUUCGGACGCGGGGUGUGAAUUUGUUCUAGAUGAAGCCUUGAGAUUAGUUAUUAUCAGUGAAUCAACUUAUAGAAACAUCAUUUUAUUUCAAAGGGAGGAAGUCAAACACUUUAAGCCCAAAACUGAUGAUGAAGUUGCAUCUAGGUGUGAGUUGAAACAGGAGACUGAACAUGUUAAUUCAUUUCUUAGUGAACCGUUCUUCCCUGGGCAAAAAUGCUACUUCAUGAACCGUUUCAUCAUCUCAUGGAAACUAAGCCAUGAAAUUGGUAGCGAUGUGUUUCCUCAUGAAUCUUAUUCUCUGCCAUAUUUGCAAGGGGAAAGUCAGCACCAGGGUUUCAAAUCGCGGUCGCAUUUUCGGUUAUUUUGGAUUUACCGUGAUUGCGGCCGUCGCGGGCGUUAUUGAGGUCGUCGCGGACGCUAUUGCGGCCGUCGCGGGUAACUCGGACAGCGGAAAAACCGCUAUAUCAUGGCCGAAAUAGAAGUCGCGGACCGUUUUUUAAAACCCUGGUCAGCACAGUCAUUGCUAUUGCUUAAACAGGGAUGACAUGGUAGUCAAGGUGCGUACCAUGGUUGAUGCUGAUUGGCUCUACCGAGCCAAGUUGUCAAAACGGCCACAUUUAGAUAAUUUUGAAUCGACAAGACUUCCAUUAACGGAUAACAUGCUCAGAUUAUUCAAGGUUGUCAGCAAACUUGGCUCUUAAAUCACUGAAAUCAACCCCAUUUGCUGCAAGAAAAAGCAUCCCUGUACUGAUCAAUGACCACGGACGGAUACUA